AUGUCAUCUUCAAGCGAAGAAGAAGGUUCCUCCUCCACCUUGGUCGCCAUUGAUAUUGACAAGAACAGCAAACAUGCUGUAAAGUGGGCUGUUGAUCAUCUCUUGGAGAAGAGCUCUUCAUGCACACUCAUUCACGUUAAAACCAAAUCCUGCAAUCGCAAUGAAUUUGAAUCUGUACCUAAACAAGGCCGUGCGCCAACGGAGGAAGAAUUGCAUCAGCUUUUUCUUCCUUUUCGAGGAUUUUGUGCUCGAAAAGGAAUUGUAGCAAAGGAGUUGGUGUUGCAAGACUCGGAUGUUUCGAGUGCACUUUACGAUUACAUUAUUGAUCACUCGAUUGUAGACGUUGUUCUCGGUGCUCCUCGCUGGAAUAAUGCUCUUAUAAGGAAAUUUAAAGAUGUAGAUGUGCCAACAAGCUUAAUAAAAUCUCUGCCAGUGUCUUGCACAGUUCAUAUAAUAUCAAAAGGAAAAGUGCAGAAUGUUCAAGCAACAGUUCCUAUUCACACCAUGACAAUUUCUAGUCCUAAGCCAAGUUAUUUAUCCAAAGAUUUACAUAGAACAUCGUUCGAGCCUAGACUCGGGCGGCGCUUAAGUAACGACGGUGGAACCUUUGGUCAAAACAUGGAUGCAAGACUAGGAUCAAGAUGUUUGUCUCAAAGAGAUACUUAUUCAUCAAAAAUGUCAAUAUCAGAUGAAAACCAAGAUAAUGGCACGGAGAGAGAAACAAAUAGACUCAAACAAGAUCAAAAGUAUACAAAGAAGGGUAGGUCUGCGUCGGUUGGUAGAGCAGUCGGUUCUUCGAAACAGAAGGUAAUUACUGACAUAAAACAAGAAGGAGUAGGAGAAAAUGAAGAGAGGAUAGGAACAUCAAAUGAAAAUGUAGACAACAGUUAUAUGUUCAAAACGUAUAGUAUUGAAGAAAUUGAAAUUGGAACAAAUUACUUUGAUCCUGAUGGCAAAAUUGGUGAAGGUGGAUAUGGACCUGUUUUCAAAGGAGUACUUGAUAACACUGAUGUUGCAGUUAAGGCCUUAAGACCAGACAUAACUCAAGGGGAGAAGCAAUUUCAUCAAGAGGUCCUUGUUUUAGGCUCUAUAAGACAUCCCAACAUUGUAGUACUUUUAGGCGCGUGUCCGGAAUUCGGGUGCCUCGUAUACGAGUACCUAGAGAACGGAAGCUUAGAAGAUCGCCUUUAUCAAAAGGACAACACGCCUCCGAUUCCAUGGAGGACUAGAUUCAAAAUAGCAGCAGAGAUUGCAACAGGCCUUCUUUUCCUUCACCAAACAAAACCAGAACCUGUCGUGCAUCGCGAUCUCAAGCCAGCAAACAUUCUCCUAGACAGAAACUACAUAAGCAAGAUCACCGAUGUUGGUUUGGCAAGACUAGUCCCUCCUUCCAUCGCCAACAAAACAACUCAAUAUCAUAAGACAGCUGCGGCGGGAACAUUUUGCUAUAUUGAUCCGGAGUAUCAACAAACGGGACUAUUAGGCGUAAAGUCAGACAUAUAUUCAUUAGGAGUGAUGUUCCUACAGAUCAUUACUGGAAAGCCUCCAAUCGGCGUGGCUCGUCUGGUUGAAGAGGCCAUUGAGAACGAUAAUCUUGCAGCGGUUUUAGAUCCAAAUGUGGCCGAUUGGCCGGUCGAAGAGGCUUUAUCAUUUGCUAAAAUGGCAUUGAAGUGCUGUGAGAUGAGAAAAAGGGAUAGACCAGCUCUUGCUACUGUGAUUUUGCCAGAGCUUAUUAGACUAAGAGAUCUAUAA